GAACCCAUAGACAAACCGGAUGAACCGGUCCAUCAUCGAUUCAGGCAUUAAGCCACGGGUUAUCACCAACUGAUGAGUCCUAAUUGCCUGUUUAUCUGAUUGCAUAUUGACGCUUAAGUGUUUAAUCACAUAAUGAACAUUGGUCUUUAAAUUCGUUUAAUGAUUGGUCUCUGAAAUGGACUUACUGGUGUGGCGUUAUUAAGUGAUCCGAACGAGAAUAACUUCCCGCAAUUAGUAUCCGGUAUGGGGUGCUUCAAACCGAAUAGCGUAAUUUGUUUCAAAUUCCUGGUUAAAUGAUAAAACCAAAAGCGGUUAAAAAAGGGUUUAUCAGAUUCAGAUCCGAGGUUGGCGGUUACGCCGUUUUGCUGCACUGUUUUUAAUUCCAGCUCAAGAGACGCGUUUUGAUUGCAGAGAGACAAGAACGAAAUCUCUUGUUUUGGUAGAGGGAGAAAUUUAGGGUUUAGAGUUGGAGAUGAGAAGAGGAACGAAAAUCUAAGGAAUCAGAGGGCAAAUAGAUCCUUUGGUUUCGGAAAUCGAUGAGGCACCACCAAUCGUCGCCGAUCUCUGAAAUGGACGACAACGACGAUAUGCACGAGGCGUUGUUGGCGAAGCGAGGGUGUUGUUUCCUCAUGCCCUGCCUCGCCUCAUCUCAGCCGUCCUCUCGCGGCGGAUCUGUGUGGUGGCAACGGAUCAGCACCGCCGAUAAACGCGAGCCUGACGAACGGUGGUGGAUUUGCGGGUGGCGGAAGAUGAGGGAGUGGUCGGAGCUCGUCGCCGGCCCUAGAUGGAAGACUUUUAUCCGCCGAGUCGGACGCAACCACUGCUGCGGCGGAGGAAGGGCUGGAAACAGCGGCGGUGGCUGCGGUGCAAUCCCUAACCGAUCAGACCACCGUAAAUUCCGGUACGAUCCGUUGAGCUACUCGUUGAAUUUCGACGACGGAAAGCAAACCGGACAUUUUGACGACGAGUUUCCAUACAGAGAUUAUUCGAUGAGGUUCGCUGCACCUUCCUUGCCUGUCUCAACUAAAUGCUCCAUCGAUUUCGAUAGCGACAGAGACGCGCCGCCGCUUCAUAUGUGACUAAUAUAUAAAAGGUCGGUUCUUUUCGUCGACGCUGCGUCUGCUGGCUCUCGUCAGAGCAUGACCAAACUGAGAGGGCAAGCAGUCUAGACACGUGAGAGGGCAUGACCAAACUCAGAGUUAUUGUUUUUUUUGUUGACAAAAAAAAAAAAAGACUUAUUGUUCUUUGAAAGUCAGGCACAUUUUUGUUUGUUUU